ACACUUCACCCAUCGUUCUCAGGAGGCCAAUCAACCGGCGAGAUGUUGCGAGCGAUGCACAUCGUCCUAAGGGGAAAGAGCCGCGCUGGGCCGGCCAUGCCACGCGGCUUCGCCGGCAACCGUGGCUACUCCACGGCCCUGAACUCCCAGCGGCUGGCCGGGAAGGUGGCCGUGAUCACCGGUGGAGCCAGCGGCAUCGGCAAGGCCACGGCCGAGGAGUUCGUCAAAAACGGCGCCAAGGUCGUCCUCGCCGACGUCCAGGACGACCUUGGUCACGCCCUGGCGGCCAAGCUCGGCGCCGACUCGGCAUCCUACACCCGCUGCGACGUCACCGACGAGGCGCAGGUCGCCGCGGCCGUGGACCUCGCCGUGUCCCGCCACGGCAACCUGGACAUCAUGUUCAACAACGCCGGCAUCCUGGGCUCCCUGGCGCGGCCCCCGCUCGCCUCCCUCGACCUCGCCGACUUCGACACCGUCAUGGCCAUGAUGCCGGCGCCGCCACCGCGCUCUCCGCGCCGCCCUUCUCCAUCGCCAACCCUCUGCGUCAUUACGUCGAACAGGUGGUGGGCGGCCGCGGUUGAGGGCGUCGCCGCACGCGGCACUGCACGCAGCCGUGUGCGCUCCUCCAUUGCCGCCCGCCUUGGCAUCUCGCCGCCGCGCCCGGUCGCCGCCGCCGCCUCUCCUUCACCAGCUCCGGCCGCCGUCGGCCGUUCUCCGCUGUUUCCUGGCCUCCCGCCGCCGUUCUCGCCGUUCCCGGCCGCCUCCCGUCGGCCGCCCGCUGAUUCCUGCUCGCCGCCGCUGCUCCGGCCGCCCGCCGGCCUGCUCGCCAGCCGCUGCUCCGGCUGCCCGCGCCUCCAGGCCGCCCGCCCGCCGUUCCCGCUGCCCCCCGGUCGUUCCGGCCGCCCGCGCUCGCAGGCCGCCCGACCGCCCGUUCAGGAGUAUUCUAUUGCUGUUGCGACCUACCGGCUGGAUCUGACUGACUACACUCAGUGGAUCGAUGAUGAUGCUCGUGCUGUCGCUGUUCUCACUUCCAAGUGUUCCGCCUCGAUGUCUGCCGAGUUCAUGAGUCUUCCCACCGCUGCUGCUCAGUGGGCUUUUCUUCGUCAGCGCUAUCAGCCGUCUGGGGAUGCUCUUUAUCUGUCUGUGGUUCGUCAGGAGCAUGAUCUUCAGCAGGGUGAUUCUACUAUUGACGAGUUCUAUACUCAGAGUGCUGCUAUUUGGCGCCAGCUUGAUUCUCUUCGUACAGCUGUGUGUGGCACCUGUCCCUGCUGUCUGACUGUGCGCGCGGAUCUGGAGUUUCAGCGCGUUUUUGAGUUCUUAUCGCGGCUCCGCACGGAGUUUGAGCCGCGUCGUGCCCAGCUGCUUGCCCGUGGUCGUGUUCCGCUCUCUGAGGUACUCGCUGAGCUGCGCGCAGAGGAGACUCGUCUUCGUGGUGCUGGUCUUCUUGCGGUUCCCUCUGCACUUGCUGCUCGUGGUCCUCCUGUGCCGUCCGCUUCGUUGCGGUCUCCAGCACCGCCGUUACUCUCUACUCCGUCGGUCCAGGGCCAGAGUCAGUCUCAGCAGCCUCGUGGUCCUCGUCCUCCCUGCGCCUUCUGUGGCAAGGCUGGCCACGACGUCUCUGGCUGCUGGAGGAGGGACCCCAGCUUACGUCAGCAGUACCUUGAUAAGCUUGCUCGUCGGCAGGCUGGUUCUUCAGGCUCGUCUGCUGUUGCGCUGUCUGAUCAGGACAUUAUCCGUGGUCUUCGUGGUCUGCUCGCUGCUACAGGCUCUUCUUCGACGGGUACUGCUGGUUCUGUGUCUGGCUCUUCUGGCACCGCGCGACCACCACCUUCUACACAGUCAGGACCGCCGUACACAGGCCCUGGUUGGAGCUGGCCCUCGCAGCCUUGAGUCCCCGGGCCUCUGGGAGUUAGACUGGCUUCGCGUUUCUUCCGUCGACACUUCAUCUGCC